AUGAGCUUGGCACGAGAUGCUCCGGACAGAUGCACCACUCACUUUGAUGCCGUGGCCCAAAUACGAGGAGAAGCUUUUUUCUUCAAAGGAAAAUACUUUUGGAGGCUAACGCGAGAGAAGCAUCUUGUAUCUCUGAGGCCAGCGCAGGUUCACAGAUUCUGGAGAGGGCUCCCACCAAACCUGGACAGCGUGGAUGCGGUGUACGAGAGGCCUGGAGAUCACAAGAUAGUUUUCUUCAAAGGUCUGAAGUACUGGGUGUUUAAAGACAACAUCGUGGAGGAGGGAUACCCUCGACCCAUCAGUGACUUUGGUUUACCCACGGACGGUGUGGACGCUGCCUUUGUUUGGCUUCACAACGACAAAACCUACUUCUUUAGGGACAACCUGUACUGGCGCUAUGACGACCACCUGAGGAGGAUGGACCUGGGCUACCCCAAAGACAGCUCCCUGUGGAAGGGGCUGCCCCCCAACCUCGACGACGCCAUGAGGUGGUCCGAUGGUGAGUUGCACUAA